UCACUGAAACAGAGGUCAUGGCUAAACCAGAGAUAUUCGAUUCCGUCAAGUUUACUGAGCAUAAAACCCACACUACCAUGGUUAUUAAAUCAGCUGGAGAUAAACCCUCCACUCGGGAGGAUAUGAAUGCCGUCGCCGCCGGUCCUAGAGUCGUCAGGAUAUCGGUGACUGAUGCCUACGCCACUGAUUCUUCUGGUGACGAGAAGGACGACUGUUUAGGCCGGCGGAGAGUGAGGAAGUUUGUUAAUGAGGUCACGAUCGAAGCUCGUUCGAGAGAUGAUUUGAUUAACAGAAAUGGAAAUGGAAACAGAAGUUUGAAUAGAACGGCGUCUAGUCGGAGGAAGAAGGUGGUCGGAAAAAGUGACGCCACGGCGGAGAAGAGGUUGAAGGUUAAUGCCGGUAAGAAGUUUCGCGGCGUACGGCAACGACCGUGGGGGAAAUGGGCGGCUGAGAUCAGAGAUCCAAUGCGACGUGUACGGCUGUGGUUGGGUACGUAUAACACUGCAGAAGAAGCCGCCAUGGUCUACGAUCACGCUGCAAUCCAACUACGUGGACCCGACGCACUAACCAACUUCACUGUCCCACCACCACCACCACCGCCGGAUAAACAGCCGUUGUCGGUCUCCUCCGGUUAUAACUCCGGCGAAGACUCUCACGACCACUGUAUCAACAACAAAGCGACAUCACCAAAAUCCGUUCUCCGUUUCGCCUCAGCUUCCACAGACGAGUCAACCGCUGAGUCAACUCACAACGACGCCGGAAACGAAGCUUCAGAGAUAACCGGAGAAGAAGCAGCUGCGUCGGAUAAUUUCUCAAGUUUCCAGCCUUUCGACACCCCUUUCUCCACCUCCGAUCUGUUCGAUUUCCCGGAUAUCGUACCCGACAUUUUCGACCCGACAAGCUUGUCCGGUACGCCAUUUCAAGCCUCCGACCCGCUUGAUAUGUUCAUCGAUUCUGCCAUUGAUGUCGGGUUUGGUACGUGGCCCGUAGACGAUUACUUCAACGAGUUCGGUGAUAUAUUCGGGUCGGAUCCUCUGGUGUCGUUAUAAGAACCGGUUUGGAUAUAUGAGGAAUUUUUGUACCGAAUUAGGAAAGUUUGUUGAUUUGUUUAUUUUAAAUAUAGGUAAAAAAAGAUAUUUAGGUUUUAACUCCGUUAACGUUAAAAGUAACGGACGAGUUGUUAAAUAUGUGUGGAUGUUUAGGGUAAGGCACGUGAUAGGUGCACGUGAGUUCAAAGAAAAAUGUCGAUGGUACUUUGAAUUAGGUGAAGGAAAGAAAUGGAAUGAAUGCUACUCUCAU